AUGUCUCAGUUAUUGUCUCAGUACUCGUCCCUAAAGUAUCCCUUCAUCAUCUGUGUGCUCAUGACCCUAGCAGUGGGUUUGUACAACUAUUUAGUCGUAGAAUGGAACAGCGAAGUGAUGCAGGAAUUCCAUAAUCAGUCCGUCCUCCAUCAAGACAUAACACAGAGGACUGAGAGUGUAGGAGUCGUCAGGAAGAACGUCGUGCUCGAGGGUCGUAGGAAGCCGAAGGUGGUCCUGUUCUGGGGCAAAUGGUUCAACGCGAAGUGGGCAGCCAGGAAAGGAACCAUAACGAGAUUCGGCACUGACUCCAUGGACGAGCUUCGUUCCGACGGCUGCCCCGAGUGGCGCUGCGCCUUCACCUACGACAGGAAGAAGCUGCCCCUGGCCGACGCCGUCCUCUUCACGUCGGAGCAAUUUUCUCCCUUGCGCCUUCCGUCGCGGCGCCCGCCCUCGCAGCGGUGGGUGUGGGCGGACGUGGAGGCGCCCCUCUCCGCCCCGGCCCGGGGCGCCCUCGCCAGGCUCUCCAACAGGAACGCCAGCCGCCUGGUCAACUGGACAAUGACGUACCACGAGAGCGCCGACAUCGUGGCUUUCUACGGCUAUUUCCGCUCCUUUAACAAAUCCGUCCAGCCCCUGCGCCCCAACCUGAUCGAGAACCACGACGCCGCCCUCGACAGGUACCGUCGCGCGCUGGUCAGGAACGUCACCCUGGAACAGGUGAUGGGCCCCGGCUGGAGGGCCUUCGUCAGGAGGCCGAGGCUCGUCGCCUGGAUGUCCAGCCACUGCCCGACCAUCUCCAAGAGGGAGGAGUACGUUCGCGAGCUGGCCAAGUACAUUCCCGUGGACAUGUAUGGCAAGUGCGGGGCCCGACUAUGUGAGGACAGACAUCCGCUGAAGCCUGCUUGUUGGAUAAAGACCAUGAGGCAUUACUUCUUCUACAUGGCCAUGGAGAACAACUUGUGCGAUCAGUACAUCACCGAGAAGCUUUACAAUCCCUUGGUACACAAUCUCGUGCCGGUGGUCUGGGGAGGCUCUAAUUACAGCCAGUUCUUGCCCCCAAACUCCUUCAUUGAUGCGCGGAAUUAUCAUCCAAAAGACCUGGCUGCAUUACUCCUCAAACUCUCCCGUGAUCCUGUCGCUUAUGGCAAAUACCAUGUUUGGAGAGGUUUCUGGGAAGCGCGAGUGGGAGGCAGCCUCUGUGAGCUGUGUUAUCGCCUGCACAGAGACGUGGAUAAAAAGCACCACAUCGACAUCCCGAAUGAGAGACGAACCAACGGCCGCUGUAUUAGGGCGGAGAAAAACCUAUUUGCACCGAUGUCUGAGGCUUGGAAGAAGAUCAUAAACAGCAGAGACACAGAUGCCUGGAACAUUUUGCAAUAG